UAAGUUGAUAACUGAUAGUAUCAUGUCAAGCACCCGGCUGAGUCAGUAGCAGCUCUUCUAACGUGUCAAUACUUGCAUGCUUAACGACACGUGUUGAAACCUAGCUAGUUACAUCCAUGCAGACAUUUCUGGCUUCCACCGCCAUCCAACUCCUUUAAGGCCACCCUCUAAUUCCACCCUAAUCCAUUAGAGUCAGGCUAGCAGAAAUUAAGAUGGCUGAUUUAAGAGAUGAGUAUGGCAAUCCCAUUCAACUGACGGAUGAACACGGCAACCCAGUUGAACUCACGGAUGAACACGGCAACCCAGUUCAUAUCACUGGCGUUGCCACAUCAAAACCUCCAACACUUGGAACACUAAUGGAAAAUGAGGUGCCGGCUACUGGCCUUUUGGCCAGUAGUAAUGGAACAGAUCACACAUCCAAGGGCCAUGCUGGAGAUGAGGAAAAUCAUAGGAAAGAGGAGCCGCAGCCGCAACCGCAGCCGCAGGAGCAGCAGGGUUCCGGAGAAAUCGAGAGAUCUAGCACGUCAAGCUCUAGCUCGUCCGAGGAUGACGGACAAGGAGGGAGAAGGAAGAAGAAGGGACUGAGAGAGAAAAUAAAGGAGAAAUUAACAGGUGGGAAGCACAAGGAGGAGCAGAGACACAAAGCAAGUGUAUCGACAGAAACCACCGCAGGUGGCGGCGAACACCAUGAACAUGAGAAGAAGAGUGUGAUGGAGAAAAUCAAGGAGAAGUUGCCGGGCCAUCAUGGCCACCACAGCCGCUGAAGCUGUGUGCAUGUGUUCAUAUGUGGAUUAAAUUGUUUGCAUGUGUUGUUAUUUAGGUAGAGCGUAGGAGCCGGUAGGGUGGAUUGUAAUAAUUUAUGGUGAGGUGCUGCAUGUAUGCACUUGAUCAUCAAUGCGUAUGAUAUAAUACAGUAUCCUAUUUCAGGAAAAAUUAUUGUAUACGAGGUAAGUGUUGCAAUAAUUUAAUAAUUUUAUUCA